AUGUCGGGUGUUUCAUUAGCGGUGUCUGAUCCUGGGGAACACGGAAGCAUGAGCUUCAUGGGUUCAUUGCGCGUAAUAGAGCUUCAGUUAGUGGCAUUCGUGUUGGUUUUCUCAGCCAGUGGUCUUGUCCCUCUUCUGGACCUAGCCUAUUCGGGCCUCAUCUCCAUCUACCUAAUAUUACUCGCGCGUUUCGCGUUUCCGUCACACGGAUGUGGGCCGGGCCCCAUCUUUGACGGAAGUGGGCUUUUCCGAGUGUACGUGGUUGUGGGCACCGUGGUGGGCCUAUUCCUACCCCUGGCCUAUGUGCUUGGUGGGUUUGGGAGAGGGGACAAGCAUGCGGUGCGGGCCACGAGCCCACACUUGUUCUUGCUCUCGUUCCAGAUACUAACGGAGAAUGUGAUAAGUAGCUUUUCCCUGUUCUCACCACCCGUUAGGGCCAUGGUGCCAUUAAUGUACACUGUGAGGAGGAUCUUCGUUGAUAUUGAUUGGAUACACGAUGUGUGGCUCAACCAGACCUUGCUCACAAAUGCACACCUUAAGGACAAGGCGUGGUUUUGGUUUGGGAGGGUUUUGGCUGUGGCUAAUCUGGUUUAUUUCUCCAUGAAUCUCUUUGGGUUCUUGAUACCAAGGUUCUUGCCUAGGGCUUUCAUGAAAUAUUUCCAAGAAAGGGGAGAGAUUUAUGCCAAGAUAAUGGAAGACCAACAAUAUACGAUGAACAUUAAAUCGCACCCACCGGACAAGAAGUCACACUGA